AUGGCGUUUCGUGCGCCUUGGACGGCUGUCGCCCGCGCACGGUCCCGCUGCUUUUCGACAUCGACAUGUCUACACAAAAGCAAGGUCUCGGCUCUAGAAUUUCAGCUGUCGACCAAGGAUGCAGUGUAUCGAGCGCGCCUUGCUGCCCUGGAGCAGUUGCUGCCUUCGAUUAAGGGUCGAUGGGGCGGCGUCUCUUUUGCUGUCAUGCAAGCUCUGGGCCUCGGAUGGCUCACAGAUUCAGAAGAGUCCUUGAUGCGUUUCGUCCGUGCGCGAGCUACGUAUGUUCCGCGCUGGGUGAUCGAUGCUAUAUGUCACGUCCCUUGCCGAGGCGAACAAGGCACGGCCAAGGCAUCGUUUAUCACGACCAACUCGACACUUCCUGGAAAUGGAUGGCGGCCCUUAGACACGCUGCCUCUUUCUCCCCCACCACCACGUACAUCGUCGUCUCCUCCUCCGUCGCAGGCUAUCAUCACGCCUCAUGACGAGCCUAUGACAUACACGGCCUUUUCGCCCGAGCGCCACUUGCAUCCUGAUGUGGAUAUCCCAGAUGGCAUUUCUGUGAUUCCCUUUAACCUAUCUCCGAUGUCGCUUCUGGCGCUGGGUCCUUCAGCGGACUUGUCGACAUCUAUGAUCAAUAUGAUAUCCAAGGACCCGAUCUGGCACACAGACAAGCGCUUCACUAUCUUGCCCGGCGUGGAAGUGCAAUUGGCCACGGUAAAUACGAACGAGCCUGAAACUGACCGUGCUAUGUUGCGCAUGAACUUGGACAAGAUCGACGUGGACAUGCUGGCAUGCUACCCUGUCCUGCUCCCUAUCCAUCUGAUCGAGUUUCAAUACGAUGCCCAUGGCCAGCAGGAUUUGCGGGCAACGGUGGCGCUGGGUGCAUGGGAUCCAUACCUUAUUACGUAUGCGCUACGUACCGAGGAUCCCGAUGUGUGGCGCUCCAAGCUGACCCCCUCGUUCCUCGACCUGGACAUGGUGGACUUUGAUCCGCGAGUACCCGUGGCGCCGUCGGUGCUGGAUCCUCUUGCGAAGGACGAAGCGGACGCGGCUGAUAUUCGCAUCAUUGACUUUUUGACCAAGCAGUCGCACUUGAAGGGUGCGUUUGAGCAGCACGCGAAAAUGUGCCUGGAAAAGGCUGACUGGUCGGCUUGUGAGGCAUGGGAGCGCCAGCAUGCGGACGCGGACUCUCACGAGGCUCGGAGUGGUGUCGGACGUCAUAUUGCAUGGAGCAGCACGCACAUUCGGCCGUACUACGAGGACAUGGAGGUGAAUCGUCGGUACGCUGCGCUGUCUUCGGAGGCGGCGCUUUGGACGCACCUGUACAAGGGUGUUGAAAACGACCGAAGCAGGGGCGUGGAUGUGUCCCGCGUCGAAAUGCUGCAGGAUGGCGAGUCGGUGACUGGUGAGGAAGCCAUUGAGCUGAUCCGCAAGCGACUCGCGGAAGCUCAGGUCAAGCGGCUGGCGUCCAAGCCCGAUUGGCUCAGGGAACGCACGUAG